AUGCACAUCGUGCAAGGUAGCCAACAAUCAAACCAGAAAAGACUAGACUCCAUUCAUUGGUUAAUCAGUUAUCUAACAAUCCGGCAACUAGUCGCCAUCGUGGUUCACAGUGACGAUUUAAUGGUAGUACUAUCCACGUGGUGUUUCAAGGCUGCGGCCUUCAGGGCCGUGAUUUUAGGUGCCCCUGCUUCCGGUAAAGGUACCAUGUCAACUAGAAUUGUUGAACAUUUUAAGAUGACUCACAUUUCAAGUGGUGAUAAAUUACGACUUCAUAUGAAGUCGAAUACCGAACUGGGCAAAGCAGUCUCGAAUUAUGUAUUAUCCGGUAAAUUCGUACCUGAUGAUAUAAUGAUUUCAAUGAUAAACAAAGAAAUCGAAUCGAUUGCUGAUCAAAAUUGGUUAUUAGAUGGAUUUCCAAGAACAUUAAUACAAGCGGAAAUGCUGCAAAAAAUGCAUUCAGUGAAUCUGGUUCUUUACCUCGAUGUUCCCGUCAAAGUGAUAUUAGAUCGCGUGCAAAAUAGAUGGAUUCAUUUGCCGAGUGGAAGAGUCUAUAAUGUCGGGUUCAACAGUCCAAAAGUACCGGGUAAGGAUGACGUGACUGGCGAGCCUUUAAGUAAAAGAGACGAUGAUAAGGUUGAAAUUGUAAAAGAAAGACUGGAGAGAUAUUCGAAUGCUACUAAACCUAUUUUAGAAUUUUAUAGUAAUUUAGGAUUAUUAAAUACUUUUCGAGGUAACACUACUAAUGAACUAUGGCCAGAUGUUAAGGAAACUCUUACCAAAUUUUUUUCGUGUUCUUAAUUUACCUAGGCAUAUUAAUAUUUUAUAACAAAAUAAAUAACAAAUUAGUGCAUAUCUUUUUAAUUAAUAAUAAUUACAUGCUUCCAUUUGUGCUGUGUAAGAUAUCAAUAUUAAUUUACAUGCGCACAAAUUGAUGAAUUGAAUGGAUGCACACAAAUUGUGGAGAUUUGAUAUAUUUUUCUGCAACUUAUAUAUAUGUACAUAUAUAAAAGUUACUGUGUAUAUACAAUUAUAACAUAGAUUAUUUCAAUAUUUUGGAUGAAUACAGUAUAAAUCAAUUUUAUUAACUUUUAUCCACAACUUUUACUUAUUUUGUACAUACCCGAUCUGAUUUUUUAUAUUUGUACAUAUUCUUUGUAUCGACACGUAAGAUUUGAUGAAAGCAUAAUUUUAUGAAUAUUUAUUAACAAAGCAAGCAUUGUAAAUGAUUUAUAUUUAAGUUUUAUUUAUCAUGAUUUAUAAACAUCAAUUGUAAAACGUUGUUGAUUUUAUAAUAUAAAGGGAUCAAACGAACUAAAGAAUGAUUCUAAAUUAGUGGAAUUUGUUGAAACUUUUAUGAUGCAAGUAUAUUGACAUAUGUAUAUUCCGUUUUAAAAUGUAUUAAUUAUUAUAAAUAGGUAAUAAAUAUUAAAACAUGAUUUUUUUUAUUAUUUUUUCAUAUUUAUUUUUAACUGUACCGAUAUAAGAAUUUUAACAACCUUUAGUUGUGUACAGAUCUUAUCAAUAUGAGUAUAAUAUACCUUAUAUAUCAUGCUCACAUUUCCUUUUCAUUCGAAAAUUAAGUCAUUCCUCAGUAAUAACAAUGAUUUAAUGUCAUAUAUGCUUAUUAAUUACGUGUUUCUCUUUCAUAACAUAAAACGUUAUGUCAAACGCAGUGAUGAGCUGUGAGAACUUAGUAUAAGUUCAUUAUAACUGUUGAAGGAAAAUCAGAAUAUUACGUAAAUAAAUAAGUUAAAGUUGUAUCGUAGAAAAAAAAAAAUUUAAAUUAAUUGAGGUUUCAUUACAACAGGUAGAUAUGGUUGAAUAUGUAAUGCAUACUGAUGAUUGCAUAGACAUAUCUUUCACACAAAAGAAAAUAUACUCAAGUUGUAUCUUGCGAGGAAUCUAAUAUUGCUGCGUCACAAAAUAAGUUGUCAGGAACAUUUUCAUAAGGAAUUAAGAAAUUUUUAUAAAAAUUACUCUUCAUAGCAAAAUCAUCAACUUACGGUCUACGCA